GAAAAUGGCCGACUGAUGUUGACUUCCAGAAAUGAAAUAUAAAUUAUUCGAUAUUUACAAGAUGUUUUAAUGACAAUGUCUGAGCGUGAAGAUUUUGAUCAUUUCAAUCAAUAUGAAGCUGAUCAAAGUUUUUAUUCCGAUGCAAAUAACUUGGAUGGCGUGAAUUUUCUCCUAGAUGACAACGAUGUAGACGACAGUUUGGAUUUUUUCCACCGGGUGGACUCUGCAGAAGUGGUCUAUCAUGGCAGAAAACGCGCUAAGCUGGUGGAAAAAUAUUUAAUGGGAGACAUUAUAGGAGAAGGUUCAUAUGCUAAAGUAAAGGAGGUGUUAGAUACAGAGACUCUAUGUAGAAGAGCUGUCAAAAUUUUGAAAAAGAAACGUUUAAGAAGAAUUCCAAAUGGAGAGCAGAAUGUUAGAAGAGAGAUACAGUUAUUGAAGAGGCUUCACCACAAGAACAUAGUUAACCUUAUAGAAGUGCUGUACAAUGCUGAGAAACAGAAAAUGUACAUGAUCAUGGAGUACUGUGCUGAUGAAAUACAGAGUAUGCUUGAGAGUGUACCGGAGAAGAAGUUUCCCAUCUGGCAGGCACACCUGUAUUUUGUGCAGCUGAUAGACGGUCUAGAGUAUAUGCACAGCAAGUCUGUGAUACACAAGGACAUCAAGCCUGGCAACCUGCUGAUCACACUAGACCAUGUAUUGAAAAUAACAGACUUCGGAGUUGCUGAAAUGCUGGACAUGUUCAGUGCCGAUGACAGUGUGAAGACAAGUCAGGGCUCGCCUGCGUUCCAGCCGCCCGAGAUUGCCAAUGGCCUGGAGACCUUCAAGGGCUUCAAAGUGGACGUCUGGUCAGCUGGCGUGACUCUGUACAAUAUGACAACAGGCCUAUAUCCUUUUGAAGGGGAAAGUAUCUACAAACUAUUUGAAAACAUCGGCAAAGGAGAAUAUAAAAUACCAGACACUUUGGAUAAUCUAUUAGCAUCAGUAAUAAGAGGGAUGCUGCAGUAUAAAGUUGAAGAUAGGAUGUCAGUGCAGCAGAUCAAGCAACAUGACUGGUACCGAAAGAAGUUCCCACCAACAUCGGAGAUAGUCCCGUUCCCUGUUCACCAGGAGAGCGGGGACAUGGUCAGGAGCAUGACUGUGAUACCUUAUAUAGAGGACCUGCACCGAGGGGAGUACAGCGAUGACGACGAGUAUGACAACGAUACUGGAAAUGUCCUCACUGUCCCUCACCAUCCGGAGGAACAUGACACACAAAAUAAUUCACAUUCUGAAAACAAGGACAACGUAGAGACCACCAUUCCAGACCAAAAGCAUGAAAAGCGGAAGUCUAAAAAAUCCAGCGCUCGGAAAUUCAAAUUCUCAGCGUGUUCGCAGUCUUGAUGUUGGGAACACCUAGCGCCCUUAAGAUUCGUUACUAUGACGACAAAUCUGUCUUCUGACAAGGGAUGUUUCAAUUGAUUGAUUGUUAAAUAUCAGCAUAUUUGAUAUAUAUACCGGUAGCUAAGGGACUGUUCCAUUCCACAUGGCAUGUUGUAGAGCUCACCAAGGCUCCAAUAUUGACAGGGACAGUAUCAUCUGCAUCUACAAAAAGGAUCACAUAAGCAUAAUUAAUAUUCAUAGCUUAGUUACAGAAAUUCAUUUCUAUGAUAUUAACAUUUAAAAUGAAUAAUGUACAGUCAAAUUAAAACCACAGUGCAUUAAAAUUGAGUACAUAAUAGGGCAGAAAAUGCAAAUACCAAACUUGAUUUAUAGCCAUAUUUAAGUGAAUCCAAACCAAUAACUGGUACCAAUGAUACUUUUUCCAUCACAAACUACUCCAUAAAAAAGCAUAAUUAUUGAGCUUGUCUAGUCUCGAGCAUCUUACACAGGCUGUACAUUCACUGUUGCAGCAAAUUUAGCCAAAUUUAAAAGAUUGUAUUCCCCAUACAGUUUAUUUAUUGUCUGUCAAACAACUCUAUUGUUAGUCCAUUGUUAGAGACAUAGAUCUUUUAUCAUCUGUCUAUUAUUUUGCAAAACAUUCGUUACUGGUAUAUAAAGUGGUAUAUAAACCACUGAUUGCAUUGCUAUGGUUAAAAAUUUUGACUUGUUCUUUCAACUUUCUUACUUUGGGUUGAUGUAUUAAGUCAUUAAACAAUGUUAAAAAUCAUGUAAAUUGUACAUAAUGACAAUCAUUAAUCAACCCAUGUGAAAGAUGUUGGGUCCUUAGACAUUACCGAUAAAAUUUGCUGAGGUCCAGUAUUAUUCCAAAAGCUGUCGGACCUUGUGUCCGACAAACAAAAAAUGGUGUAAAAAUGUGUUUUGGUUAAAAAUGAAAGAGAAACAAGGAAUAUUAUACAAUGGUAUGGACUGGUUAAUUUUUAUUUUACUUUGAUAGAUUAUUUAACUUAAAAAUAAAACGGAUUUUACCAUUCAUUCCAAAUAGCUAUCUUUGCUGGGGAUAUAACAAACUCCCAGCACAAUUCUUAGAACCAGUCAAAUAUUGCACCUAGUUUUUUAAGUAUCGAUCUAAGAGCUCUCUUCACUUUUAAUUGAAAGUUUUACCAUAUAUUUUCAUAUAAUUUAUAUAUUUUCAUUAAAUUUAGUUGCUAUUUUAUUGAAUUAAAAUUGUUAACAUUGUUAACAUAAUAAUGUAUAAAAAUAAACUAUGAGGUAUUUUCUAUUGUUUGGUGAAAGAAGAACAAGGUCCGGUAAAAUCUGGUGAAGUCCGGUAAAAUUUAAAAGUUAUCUGACCUCAUGUCUGGUAAGAAUUAUAUUAUCUUUCGCAUGGGUAGCAUUAAUGUUAUAAUCAAGAACAAUUGUAUGAAAUAUGUAUGCAUUACCAAGGAGACAAACAUAAUUGAUCUGCAAGGGUUUUUGGCAAUACAGCUAUAGGCCCCAGUUAAAAUCAGCUCAAGUCAAAACUGGCCACAAAUUUUUAAACCCUCCCAGUUGAAACUGGUACUACAAUGUAGUUAACACCCACCAUAGUGAAAACCAGCCCCAGUCUCAACUGGUUCCAAUUUCUUAAUCUGAAGUUGAACAUUAUGAUGUCCUCAAAAAUAUCAUCUAUGGCCUUCAAUAUUUAGAAUUUAAAUUGAAGUGGUAUUUUAUUAAAGGGAUUUUUUUUACAGACUUGCAAAUAGACUUUUUUUCAACUUUUGUUUACAAAAUAAUAGAACAGAGAAAACAAACCACACUGACAAAGACAUAUUAUGGAAAAAAACGAGUAAGUUCAUUAUUCAUAGCUUUGAAUUGGGAAAAUUUGAAAGCGUUACAAACGCCAAAAUGGAAUGAGUUUAACUGUUUCUGUUGAUUUAAUAUUUAUUUGUGUUUCCAUGUGGAUUGCAUACAUAUGCUAAAAGACGCAUGAAUUAAAAUUGUUGUCUUAAUGGGCAAACAUUUUUAGCUCAACUAUUAUAUAUGAAAUAUAUAUAGUGAAGCUAUCCUACUCACCCAGGCGUGAGCGUCUGCGUUAGCGUGCAAAUGUUUAAGUUUUCGUGCUACCCCAAAUAUUUUUAGCUUGACUAUUAUAUAUGAAAUAUAUAAAGUGGAGCUAUCCUACUCACCCCGGCGUCUGCGUUAGCGUUAGCGUGCAAAUGUUAAAGUUUUUGUACUGUACCCCAUUUAUUUUCAUUGUCCCUUGACAUAUUGCUUUUAUAUUUUGCAUACUUGUUUACCAACAUCACCCCAACCUAUAAAAAGAGCAGACAACUCUAUCAAGCAUUUUGUCAUUAUUAUUGCCCCUUUUAUACUUAGAAUAUGCAUAUUAUUGAUAAAUCUAUGUUAAAGUUUGCGUACUACCGCCAAUAUUUCCUAUAUCCUUUGACAUAUUGCUUUUAAAUGUUUCAUACUGGUUUACCAACAUGACCCCAACCUAUAAACAAGAGCAGACCACCGUAAUAAGCAUUUUGACAUAAUUAUGGCCCCUUUUUCACUUUGAUAAUUGAACAUUUUGCUUAAAUUGCCAUAACGUCUUUAUUUAUGAUCACAUUUUAUUAUUACUUUGAAAAAACAACACUUACCUGAAUACCACAAUGGAUAUCACCCAAACAAUACCCCAUGCCCCUACCCAGAAUCCCUACCCCUCCC